ACCACAUCAACACUCCCCUCGUCUGUCCCUCCUUUCUCGGUCAAACUGUGGUCGCUCAGUCAGGCACGAGGGUUUGUGGGGGGUGCUUCUCCAACGUCGGCUAGCCCUUCACCCUGAUCCUUGCGACUGUCGCCGUGCGGGGCUCGUCGGCUUCUUGUGUGUGUAGAGUGGAAUCCACCCGCGACUGGAGCAACUCAAUGAUGUACAAGAAGAUAUGAUUUUUUUUCAGAUAAAACAAGCGUUUGAUUAUUAUACUUUGAUGGAUGUUCUUGUGGAAAGGAUUUUUUUCCAGAUCUAAAACAAAAACUGACGGAUAGGAAUGAAAUAUUGAACCAAGGGAACAAAAUGGAGAGAUUUGUUUGAAAGGGACAACUCUGUUCGUGUGUGUCUUCUGGCAAAGACUGAGGUUGCUGCAGCAUCUGUAGCUGCGUCAAGACGCAGGAGAAAGUAUACAGCUCAGGUUAUUUCUGCAACAAAAAACGGGUAUAGGAUUUACAAUCUGAGAAAAGUGACACACAAAAAUGAUGGAUUAGAUUUGAAAUGAAGAUAGUGAAGAUUUAAGUGAUCCGGGGUAUAAACUCAGAGUGGAUGAUAGUCCUGCUUUCGACAGCGAGUAUGGCGUCAGGAGGGGUUCUCCGACAACUGACAGUGUGUGUGUGUAUUAUUGGAAUGUACAUCGCAGGUGCAGCCAGCUACGGCGACGCAAGCGGGCACUGGUGCUCCCGCGUUCAGACCAGGCUCGUCAGCUGCCUGCAGCCCACGUGGGACUGGCAUCGCAGUAGAAGGACUGAGUACACCUCCCGGAAGUACACUAUAGUGUACCGGCAGCUGAAGGAGAGAAAAUGGCGUUGCUGUCCCGGAUUCUGGGGAGACAACUGUGAGGAAGAAUGCUUCAACUGCACCAGUAUACGAGCGCUGAAGGCUAGACUAGAUAGCACGGAGAGCAUUGUUAGACAGAUGACAUACACCCAUUCCGCACCUAGUGCCUUAAAAUCUCGAGACGCUCAAGCUUGCACGUGCCCCCAGGGACCUGGUGGGGAAAGGGGGCCGGAAGGCCCGAGGGGUAAGACCGGGCCCCAGGGGCCCCCAGGACCCCCGGGCGUUACCCUAGAAGCUGACCCAGAAAGAGGAGCAACACGGACGGUGAUUGGUCAAGCUGGCCCAGUUGGGGCGCCGGGGCUGCCCGGUACUCCUGGUCCCGUGGGGCCCAGAGGCGAACAAGGACCCAGGGGUGAGCUGGGUAUAGCCGGGCCUAAGGGGCCACCAGGCAAGGCGACGCUACAAGAUGAACAGAGAGAGAAAGCACAAGAGAGCAGGAUCCUGCUCCUGGAGGGGAAGGUCGAGUACUUGGAGGGCCGUGUUCUGGAACUGGAAGGGGAGCUUAACUCCACCGUGGAUACAAGGAAGACCAUUGACAUCCUGGGGGACCGCAUUCUGCUUCUGGAGCGGAUCUUCCCGAAACUCGCAGAACUAGAGCUAAACGACCCAUCCGCCUUGCCUUCUAUCUUACGGGCCUAUGCAGAUGAGCAUGGACGAGACAAGCCCAAAGCACGCAAACCCUUUCGCAAAGCAACCAAUAAGAAACCGACUAACAGCUGAUAUGUGGAGGUCGCUAUUAAAGGCGUGCAAUGAUUGGUUAAAUAUAUUCGUUGUCACGGCGACCUUAUUCUGAAGUGCAAUGACUGGUGCAUAUCAACCAUAUGACCUCGUCUUUAAUUGGCGCCUGCAAUGUGCAAUUAUUAUAAAUGUUCAAUACAUUUAGAUCUGUGAGAUCUCCUGUAGAGUAUUAUAUGUGACGUCAUGAAUGCAAUCAUAAUCGUAUAUAGACGUGUGUCCCUUUGUACUUUGCAUUAAACACAACCGUCCACCAAACCACGUGACUGUUCUGAGACUUUCUCACAAGGUUGACUCUCAUGAUCUGCAUACGUUUGUUAAUUUAUCUGUCAUAUUGUAGAACAAUGCAAAAUGGUUAUGUAGCAUAACCCCGGUUAUAACGAAUGUAGGGGUUAUGUCGACUCUGGGAAUAGGGACUUGUUAUGUCCGGGUAUGUAUCAGUAGUUUGAUGAUUAAGUACAUCUCAAAUAUAUCUUACCAAGCAACAGAACACCGUAGGGUGUCUUAGUACAUCUCAACAAUAUCUUACCAAGCAACAGAAAACCGCAGGGUGUCUUAGUACAUUACUACACUAUCUUACCAAGAAACAGAACACCGUAGGGUGUCUUAGUACAUCUCAACAAUAUCUUACCAAGCAACAGAACACCGUAGGGUGUCUUAGUACAUCUCAACAAUAUCUUACCAAGAAACAGAACACCGCAGGGUGUCUUAGUACAUCUCAACAAUAUCUUACCAAGCAACAGAACACCGUAGAGUGUCUUAGUACAUCUCAACAAUAUCUUACCAAGAAACAGAACACCGUAGGGUGUCUUAGUACAUCUCAACAAUAUCUUACCAAGCAACAGAAAACCGCAGGGUGUCUUAGUACAUUACUACACUAUCUUACCAAGCAACAGAACACCGUAGGGUGUCUUAGUACAUCUCAACAAUAUCUUACCAAGCAACAGAACACCGUAGGGUGUCUUUGUACAUCUCAACAAUAUCUUACCAAGAAACAGAACACCGCAGGGUGUCUUAGUACAUCUCAACAAUAUCUUACCAAGAAACAGAAAACCGCAGGGUGUCUUAGUACAUCUAAACAAUAUCUUACCAAGAAACAGAACACCGCAGGGUGUCUUAGUACAUCUCAACAAUAUCUUACCAAGCAACAGAACACCGUAGGGUGUCUUAGUACAUCUCAACAAUAUCUUACCAAGAAACAGAACACCGUAGGGUGUCUUAGUACAUCUCAACAAUAUCUUACCAAGAAACAGAACACCGUAGGGUGUCUUAGUACAUCUCAACAAUAUCUUACCAAGAAACAGAACACCGUAGGGUGUCUUAGUACAUCUCAACAAUAUUUUACCAAGCAACAGAACACCGUAGGGUGUCUUUGUACAUCUCAACAAUAUCUUACCAAGAAACAGAACACCGUAGGGUGUCUUAGUACAUCUCAACAAUAUCUUACCAAGCAACAGAAAACCGCAGGGUGUCUUAGUACAUUACUACACUAUCUUACCAAGCAACAGAACACCGUAGGGUGUCUUAGUACAUCUCAACAAUAUCUUACCAAGCAACAGAAAACCGCAGGGUGUCUUAGUACAUUACUACACUAUCUUACCAAGCAACAGAACACCGUAGGGUGUCUUAGUACAUCUCAACAAUAUCUUACCAAGCAACAGAACACCGUAGGGUGUCUUUGUACAUCUCAACAAUAUCUUACCAAGAAACAGAACACCGUAGGGUGUCUUAGUACAUCUCAACAAUAUCUUACCAAGCAACAGAACACCGUAGGCUCAUCUCAACAAUAUCUUACCAGGAAUCAAACACGUUUAGCAUCGAGACAUAUAUCUGUCCCCUUUCGAAAGAGAUCAUCAGAGAUGUUUGCGAAAUUUCUCAAUUGAUCUGUCAUUUUGUUUUUAAUUUCAUUUGGAUAUCUUCACAAUGAUCGUUUGAACCAUAUAUUGUAUCUUGAUGUCUUGUUUUACAUUACGUUCGUAUUGAUGAUGUGAAAACAAUUGGACAUUAAUUAGUUUAUGUUGUUUCUUCAUACGCUUACAAGUUCACGUACGCUGUGCCCUGUUCCAUCCCAUUGCUUCUUAUUGACCAUCUUCAAUAUCGUGGUGAUAUUUGUUUACCCCUUACCUCAAGUCAAUGUACCAGGUUGCAAGUAUGCAGAUCUUUCUGUCGUACUCUGUUAUAUGUAAGCUUCGUUCAGGGGAUGCUCUGUUUCCUUAGUGUGUUCUUCCCCGAGAAGAGCAUAUCUUUUAAGCUUCUUGCAGCGUGUUGGUUGUGACGUUUUACUACGCAUAUCGGUAGUUUGUGAGGACCUGAGAACCGUCAGGUGAAGGACCUGAGAACCGUCAGGUGAAGGACCUGAGUGGAGGCAGGGCCUGCACACACUCUGCGCACUCCGAUACAGCUGAUUGUACAGUCGUUAUGACAUUAGAAGUAAAGUCUGUGUGUGUUCGGGAACCUUUGUGUUGUUGAAUUUGUUUUGAUUUUCUACUUGACAUCAACGCCAUGAUCGAUACCAGGUGAAUCGCUUGAUAGGCAUUACUUAGAAGUUGACGGAUGACAAAGUAGACACAAUUUAUGGAAAACAACUUCU